AUGCCUCUCACUCCACAGUUCAAGUGGAAUGAAGAUGAAGAAAGCUGCUCUGUAGAAGUCAUUCUUUCAAGUGCAGCUGGAUCGACAAGGAAUACCCGGGUGGAAUGCACAGAUGCUAUGAUCAAAGUGACAUCUCCACCAUACUUCCUGCAACUUGACUUGUACAAGGAUAUCGAUGAAUCAACCAGCAAGGCCACUGUUCUGCCGGGUGUUGUUUCGAUCAAAGCGCGAAAGAAAGACAAGGGAAUCUGGGGUCAGCUGAAGGCGGCUGGAGACGCUGCAUCGGUGAAAGAGAGGCGGGAGGCUUCGAUUCGAGAGAAAAGCCAGAGAGACGCGCGGCGCUACGAGGACACAAAGGAGAAGAAACGGCAGGACGAUGAUUACGUGUUCCACAAGCAGUGGGAUCUAGAGAAGGACGAGAAGAGAGUUUCGACUUACUUUGACAAGCAGCUGGUGGAGGGAGACGUCGAUCCCUUCGAGGAGAAAGAUGGACUCAUUCCGCUCCCUGGCAGUUACCACAAGAAGACAGCAAGAAGUAGCGCCAUGGCAAACUCGCUCAAGGCUGAACCAGUACCAGAGUUUGACAUUAGGAAGAAAGACAAGGAAGCAUCGAUCGAAAGACGAGAUGAGGUUAGUGCAAAGAAAUCUCAGAUAGAGGAGAUAGAGGAGGAGGAGGAGGAGGAGGAGGAGGAGGAGAUCAAGAAAGCAAUGGAGCAGGAGGUCGACGAGGAGCAGAAGGCGAAGGAGCACAGACGACUUGAGGCAGAACGAGUGAUGCCGCUGUCGAUGACAGCCAAACAGAAACCUGAUGCCAGUAGCUCUUCUAAGAACCCAGCAGUGGAGGAAGAGGAGAGCUGCCGUAACAAGAAGGAGGCAGAGGAAGGUGACUUGGGCAAGGAACUUGCGUCCGGGAAGAAUGUCGAAGAGGAGGAGGAAAAUGAUGAAGACAAACCGGCCAACAAGAGAGAAUCUUCACGAUCGGACGUGGCAGAUGAAGAGAAGCUGUUAGGAAGGAAGAAGGGAGCCUCUCUCAACAGAUGGGAUGCAGAGGCUGUUGCGCAGAAGCACAGAAUGAUUGGAGACGCAUACUUCAAGGCUGGUAUGGUUGAGGAUGCAAAACGGCACGAGGCACUUGCGAGGGAAGCUGCUCCAUGGGUAGAGGAUCAGCUGAGAGUGUACGAGACGAAGGAGGAAGAGGAGUUGAGACUGCAAAAGGAGAAGGAGAAGGAGGAAAAGGAUCGAGACACGCUCUCUGCGCUGCCUCCUCCUCGCUCAGCUGGAAGGGUCGAGCUGAACUUCACCAAAGGUCGUCGUAACCUGCCCGCAAGAGAAAGAAUCGAGACAGACGAAGAGGUCAAAGUCCGCGAAGAGGAAGACUACCGCGAGAAGAAGCGGGCCAACCCCGACGCCAGGGGUCCCAAUGAGGAUCAGGCACAAUGGCUGAAGAUGCGAGGAGAUCAUUUCUAUAGGACGAGGGACUACAGGGCAGCUCUCAACGCCUACACUAGCUGCUUGCAAUUGGACACCAGGAACGCUCAGGCAUAUAGCAACCGCAGCCUGUGCUCCCUCCGCCUCUUCCUCUUUGCAGACGUCAUAGCAGACGCCAGCAAGGCUCUCGACCUCUUCAAGAAGGUGGAGGACAAGGAGGGGAGAGAGGUAGCUGACAGAAGGGUGCAGGUGAAGAAGGAGGGGAAAGAUCCCGAGGAUUGGGCGCAGGAGCUGGAGAAGCGAGCUCGAUGUCUUCUGCGCCGCGGAACAGCAUACACGCGCUUGGGAAUGUUCGACCUGGCCCUGCAGGAUCUUGACGCAGCGAGUAAGCUCCUUCCAGACAACGAGCUGAUCAAGGACGACCUGGAGGGGCUGCGAGAGGCGAUCGCUCAGCAUCCGUACGUGAAGGCGAAGGAGGAGGGGGACCGCGCUUUCAAGCAGGGGAACACCGAUGAGGCCAUUCGAGCAUACGAUGCUGCCAUCGAUGCAGAUGGAGGAUGCUUUCAGGCUCUGUCCAACCGAGCAGCCUGCUGGCUCGCAAAGGAGGAGUAUGUCCGCUGCAUCGAGGACAGCACAGAGGCGCUGAUGCUGCUCGACCCUUCUGGUCACUUCAACACGAAGCUGGCACUCCGUCUGCUUGUCCGCAGAGGCACAGCGAGGUGCUGGCACGGUGACUUCGAAGAGGGAAGAGCAGACUUCAAGCGCGCGCUCUUGCUCGACCCGCACAACAAACAGCUCCAAGACGAUGUUUCGAUGCUCGUCACCACCACCGGAGCAGCCAAGAGUCUCUCAGAGUUCAUGGGAAGCGCGUUGCCGGAUGCAAGGAGCCAUGCCCUCGCUGCCCUCGAGGCCGCAGGGAUCCAGCGACCUCCGGGAGCAUAG